AAAAUUUCUUCCAGUAUAUCAUUCUUUUAUAUUAGAAUAUAUUAAUUUUCUUUUGUUGAAUGUUUUUCUGAAAAGUUAUUUCUAUAUUAUCACUAACAAAAUCCAUGGUGACGGAUCAUGAGAAAAUCCGGAUCAUGUAUAAAUCUGCGGACCAUCAGAGUGGAGUUUUUUUUUUUCUUGAAAAUCAAAUUUUUUUUCAAUCUUUUUUUGCUUGGUUAAGAAAACAAUAUAUAACCAUAAUAUUAGUAAUAUAGAAAUGACAACAGAAAAACAAAGAAAACCAGUGACAGUAGACAAACCAAUCCCAGUGGUAUAUGAUUUGGGACAUUUAGCACUUUUUGAUCCAAAUCCAUUAGAUAGUGAGAAAUUGAAUUCUUCUGGUAAUAUAAAAGAAGCCCAUCUUAAAGACGUGACAAGAGAUAAUGUUCAGCUAUUAAUAAACCAAUUAUUAUCUUUGCCCAUAAAGACUACUACUGAAACAUCAGGAAAUUCAACUGGUCAGGAUUCUACAAUGACUUUACUUCAGCUACCAUCUCCAACAACCGAUUUACCAAGAGAAAAAAGUUUACCAAAACCCAAACCACCAACCAAAUGGGAAUUGUUUGCUGCUAAAAAGGGUAUCAAUUCCAAUUCAAAAAAGGGAAAGUUUGUUUAUGAUGAAGAGAAGGGCGAGUGGGUACCAAAAUGGGGUUAUAAAGGUAAAAAUAAGGAUUUGGACGAUCAAUGGUUAGUUGAAGUUGACGAUAAAACUCAAAAUACCAAAGACGAAUUAAUAGAUCCAAGAAAUUUAAACAGGGCUGAAAGAAAGAAAUUGAUAAAGAAGAAUGAGGCACAAAUGAAGAGUAAUAUGAAACAUUCAAAAUAGUUGAUAUUUACAAACAUAUUUUUUUUUAAUUUCAAU